GAAGGAGGCAGAGCAUGUCUCUCGUGUUCCCUGCACUCUCUCCCCAGGAGGGGGUAUGGGGGUUGAGCCCCAAAACUUGGAAUCAGUUCCGUUGAGGUGCGUGGCCAGCAAGAACCCCUCCCCACCGCCCGGCCCCAUCCCCAGAUGGCAGUCAGUCAACCUUGGCCUGCAGUAGGUAAUCCGCUUGGUAAGCUCUUACCCAAAUCUUAGAACUAAAACCACAUCCCCACCAAGACUCGCGCCUCCCAGCGGUGUUUUCCAGACUUUGAUUAGCGGCCCACUAGUGGUUUGGGAAACUCACCUCAGUUGGUCACGAACUAGGACGCAAGGAGCAAGGUUUACAUUGUUCAACGAGACUUUCAUGUCAAUAAUGCGAGAAUCCAUUCCUUCACUUAUUCAGUAAGUACUAGUUGAACACCUACUAUGUGCCGGGUGCCAGGAAUUCAGAAGAAAGUAAAACACACAAAUGUGUGCGUGUGUGUGUCCCUCACAGAGGGAUACUGUGUGUGUCAGAAAGUUGCCGCCCGAACACUCAGGCCUCUCCUUCCCUUUUCAGCACGAAGGCUUAGUGGAAGAAGAGAAACUCUGCCCUUGGCCGGCGGCCCGUUUGGCGGGGGUCAGAAGGUUCAUGUUGCCCGGGCCACGCAAGGGGCUUGGUGAGGUCGGAUCCCUCUGCCCAGGGAGGGCUGCCUCCUGCCUCCGCCCCCCUGUGCCCCUGGUCCUGGAGGGGCCUUAUUCCCUGGACAGCGAUGCCCCCCAGCCCCGAGCCGGGGAGCCUGGCUGCUGAGCCUGCGCACGUUGGGCAAGAGCAGAGAACCGGCCCCUCUGAUCCCUGCCAGGGAUAUUUGGAGACACCAGCAAUUCUGGGAAAUCCGGGGGCAGGGAGGGAAAGGGGGGAGGGGCAGAUGGGACCCUGUGAACUGCCCCCCAGCCCCUCCUGGCCUGGACCCCUCCGAACUGUGCGGUGAGGAGCGAGGUGGCCGGCGUGUGGGGGUGAAGGGGGGAGAGGCCAGGAGACCCCUUUCUCUGGGAAGAACGGAGACAGUCGUGUCCCCACGCCCCCGCCACGCUUUGCCUGAGUUCCAACCCCGUUUCCGCUUCUAUUUACUGUCCAAAGUCCCGGGGGCAGGAGAUGCCAGGUUAGAACCACGUGGACCCUGGGACACAGGGACUCAGGGGCCUCGCCUGGACCAGCCCCUCCUGGUUCCACCUGCUCCACUUCUCGCUGUAGCCCCUCCUUGCCCUGGGGCCUGGGCCACCCGAGCCACCGGGGAGUCAGCCCUCCAUACCUUUCACAGGUAACCGAGCUGGGGGAGGCAGGUGGGACUGGGGGAUAUUCGGUAUUGAGGAGACCCUUGUUCAGGGACAGCGGGGGCCAGAUGGAUGGGGGGUGGUUUGGUCCAUGAGUGUGGAAGGAGGGCUCCUGGCCACGUCAAGGCCCGAGCAGUCUCCUGAGAAGGGACAGGACCCAGCUGUAUUUCUGCCCCACACUCACCUCCAACCUUAGACCCAACCCAACGUGCUCCCACCCUACAUCCAACCCCAUCAUCAGCCUCUGCCCAAAGUAGCAUCUUAGCACAAGCCUUAGCCCCGAGCUCAGCCCCAGCCUUAAGGGGAACCUCAGCCCAACCCAGCUCCAGCCCUGGACCUGGCAUGGCCAAGGACUUUCAAGACAUCCAGCAGCUGGACUCCGAGGACAAUGACCACCCACUGGGUGGAGGUGAGGGCCCGGGCCCUCGUGGGCACAACCCCAGGAGAGGAGACAGGUUCUGCGUAGGGACCCCCACGCAGCCGCCCCUUCUGCUGCGGCGCUUCUGCUCCACCUUGCGCCUCAGUCUGCUCGUCCUGGGCUUCAACGUCCUGCUGCUGGCGGCCAUCUGCGUGAUUGGGUCCCAAAGAGCACAGCUGCAAGAGGAGCUGCGCAUCCUAAAGGAAAACUUCAGCCACUUCUCCCACGGCGUCCUGUCGGAGAUCGGCACUCUCUUCUCCCAUGGGCGCAGUGCCAGUCACCAGCUGAUCUCUCUGGAAGCCAAGCUGGAGAAACAGCAGAGGGAUCUGAAAGCAGAUCACGCCGCCUUGCUCCUGCACCUGAAGCACUUCCCCAUGGACCUGCGCAUCCUGACUUGUCAGAUGGCCUUCUUCCAGAGCAAUGGCACACAGUGCUGCCCCCCUAACUGGCUGGAGUACGGGGGCAGCUGCUACUGGUUCUCGGGCUCCGGGAAGACCUGGGAGGACGCCGACAGGUACUGCCAGCUGGAGAGCGCGCACCUGGUGGUCAUCAACUCCAGAGAGGAGCAGAAAUUCAUUGUCCAACACACAAAUCCCUUCAAUGCCUGGAUAGGUCUCACUGACAGCGAGGGCACCUGGAAAUGGGUGGAUGGCACAGACUAUCAGCAGAACUACAAGAACUGGGCGGCCACUCAGCCAGAUGACUGGCAGGGGCAUGAGGUGGGUGGAGGUGAAGACUGCGCGGUAGUCCAGGCGAAUGGACGCUGGAACGACAAUUUCUGCAAGCAGGUGCAACGCUGGGUGUGCGAGAUGAGGCUGAACAUCACGGCUUAGGAGCCCGCCCCCCUGCCCCGCCCCCAGCUCUCUGCAGGGGGGAUUUUGAAGAAAGGAAAAAUAGAGGGGAGGGGUCGAGACAGGAGGGAGGGUGUGCUGUGAGCAUCACAGACCCCCAGAGACACUGAGGUCCCGCCUCCUUCCGCAAGUGACUGUCAUGAUUAUAAUUUUCAGCCCGCUCCAUGGGGUAGGGAAAGAAGAUGCAAGUAUUUGAAAUUGCAUGGACUGGUCAUUUGGAACUGGGAGAUGUGGGGAGCAAAGAAGAGGGGGGCAUCUGGAAGAGACAGAUUUAGUCCUAGACAGCUGCCCCUUGAGACCCCAUCCCAAGGGACACGGGUCAGGGAGGGGAGGGGGGUUUGGAGCAGAGAUGCUCAGCUCGAGGCAGCAGGUGGGGGCCGGAGGGACUGCAUGGGGAAGCAGCUCCCCCCACCCCAGGGGAUCUCCCCCAGAAGAGGUUUCAGGGAACAACGGGGCUCCUCCCAACCCCAGGAGCUGUGGUUUGGCUGACGGGGGCUGCAGAAAAUGCUUGCUAAGGGAAUGGGGUUCGGUAAGACGCUGUCCCCUAUCUGCCGUGGGACCACCUCUUCUGGACCCCUAAGAGAUCUAGACCUUUCUCUAGCACAGGGUAUCACCAGCCACUUCCUCUGGGGCUAAAUGUCACCUUCCAAAAUCAUUCUGAAGCCAAUAUUAAGAGGUUCUUGAAGCAAUUAGAGUUGUUGCUUUAUUUUUACUGCAAAAGUAAUAUAUACUAUUAGGAAAAAAUGCGUCUCUCUCACACACACAGGGAUGCUCCUCACGCCUCCCACCUCUCCCAGAGUUAACUAUUUUGUGGCCAUUGGAUUAGGGCUCUCCAAAGAACCAGCAGGAUGUGUAUGUCUGUGUAUGUGUGAUUUAUUAAAGAGAUUUAUUACAAGGGAUGGGCUCAUGCGGUUAUGGAGGGUGGCAAGUCCCAGGUUCUGCAGGUGCGCGGGUGAGCUGGAGACCCCGGAGAGCCAGUGACCCCAGUUCCAGUCUGAGUCCAAAGCAUGAGACCCAGGAGAGCCGACGGUGUGGCUUCAUGUGAAGGCAGCAAGCUCAAGACCCAGGGAGGGCGGAUGUUUCCAUCGCAGCCCGAGCCAGCAAGAAAGCCCGGGUCCCAGGGUGGAGGGGUCAGGCGGGAAGGACUCUGUCUUACUCCCGGGAGGGUCAGUCUUCUUGUUCCCAUCAGGGCUUUAGCCAACGGAGCCGGCCGGCCCAGUCUGCUCUACCAGUUCCAAUGCUCAUCUCAUCCCCAAACACGCCCCCAGACACACUCAGAAUCGUGUCUGACCAACUCCCGAGGCGCCCUGUGGUCCCGUCCAGCUGACCCACGGAAUCACUCGUUCCACGCGUCCCAUCGGGACGUUUCCCGCGUUCCUGCGUGGAUGCAGCAGAACAUAUCACUAGGUCGCGUGCUCCUCCUGCUUCCCCGGGCCUGAGGGUGUCCGUCCAGCCUCUGCUGUUCCCUGACCAGUUUAUGUCUGUGAACUUCGCAGCGGUAGAGAGUUCCAACGUAUGGAUGUGCCCCACGUGACUCAGACAUGCCCUAGAGUGGACGGCGAGCUGCUAUUUUUGCCUGUUUUCACAUGUCCUAUUUCAAGCGGUUGCUGCUUCUAGCCUCGCACGGUGCUGAGACUUCCUAGCGUUCACUUGCAAAGUUCUC